UGAUGAAGCUUAAGAUGAAUCUAAAAGAGAGCAAAUGGCCAUUGUGUUAAGAUUUGUUAAUCGCGAGGGCAUUCUAAUUGAGCGUUUCUUUGAUGUUGUGGGUGUUAGUGAUACUGCAGCAGUUACGCUAAAAAAGGAAAUUUCUAAUAUUCUUAUAAGGUAUAAUCUCCAUGUUCACAUGAUGCGUGGUCAAGGGUAUGAUGGUGCUAGUAAUAUGCGGGGUGCUUGGAAUGGACUUCAAGCAUUAUUUCUCAAAGAUUGUCCAUAUGCAUAUUAUGUUCAUUGUUUUGCUCAUCGACUACAACUAGCAUUAGUGGCAGCAGCCAAGGAGAUGCCUUGCAUUUGGCAAUUCUUUUCACAUCUUACUUCCGCCGUUAAUGUUGUGGUUUCUUCUCCUAAACGCAUCAGUGAGUUACAAUCUGCUCAAAGGGAUGAGAUUGCUCUAAUGUUGGCUAAUGGAGAAAGACAAUCUGGCAGAGGAGCUAAUCAAAUGAGUUCACUACAACGAGCUGGAGCUACUCGUUGGAGCUCUCACUAUGACUCUGUUAGGAGCUUGAUAGAAAUGUAUGGUGCAUCAUGCAAAGUUCUUGAAAAUCUCAGUAAGAAUGGGGCAUUUGGCUCUAUACGUGGGGAAGCUAGUGGUGUUUAUGCAGCAAUUACGACAUUUGAGUUCAUAUUUGUCUUGCAUUUGAUUGAUAAAAUCAUGGGAAUCACAGAUGUACUUCGCCAAGCUCUACAACGUAAAUCCUUGGAUAUCUUGAAUGCUUUGAGGUUGAUUUCAACAACGAAAACUCUCCUUUUGAAAUUAAGAAAAGAUGGUUGGGAUACAUUUUUUGAGAGAGUGAAGUUAUUUUGUUGUCAACAUGACAUUGAUAUUCCUGAUAUGGGUGGUCGUUAUAGAGUGCGUCGUUCUUGUCAACGACAAGAUCCUAUUACAGUUGAACACCAUUAUCACUUUGAUGUCUUCAAUGAGGUAAUUGACUUUCAGUUGACGGAGUUAAAUAGUAGAUUCAACGAGAAAACUAUAGAACUUCUUACACUCAGCUCUGCUUUGGAUCCGAGUGAUUCCUUCAAAGCAUUUAACAUUGAAGACAUAUGUAAUCUAGCAAGUAAAUUUUAUCCUCAAGAUUUUAGUUCACAAGAAAUCCAUGCAUUGAGAUGUGAGUUGGAACAUUAUCAGUAUGAUGUAAUACUCGAUUGUGAGUUUCAAACAGUUUCUACACUUUUCGAAUUAUGUCGGAAAUUAGUUAUAUCAAGAAAGUCACAGAACUAUUAUCUGACUGAGAGAUUGAUUCGUUUAGUGUUAACUCUUCCUGUUUCGACGGCGUCUACAGAACGAGCAUUUUCAGCUAUGAAACUUGUUAAGACAGCACUUCGCAACAAAAUGGAUGAUGAAUUUCUUGCAGAUUGUAUGGUUCUUUACAUUGAAAGAGAACUUGCUGAGAAAGUCAACUUAGAUUCAGUAAUAGAUGAUUUCUAUUCUUUGAAGUAUCGUCGGGCACAACUUCAAUAG